UGUGCGUGCUGUGGCUGCACCGUGCAUACAUUACAGGAUCCAUGCUGCUGCUGGGGGUCCCUUUAAUCUGCACAUGACUUGCCAAGGAUCCGUCGCUCACAGACAGCUGUCUCCAUGGCUGGGUAUCCUGAUUUGGGGAAAAGCAACGCAUCCCUCCUUCCCAGCGACAUCAGCCCUGCAUCCGUGGCUAAGCUGGCAUCCCUGGGCUUCAUCGCCUCUGUCAGCCUGGUGGGCAACCUCCUGUUCGCCUUCAUCACCCUGAGAGCCAGGAGCUUGCACAGAGCCCCUUAUUACUUGAUGCUGGACCUGAUCCUGGGAGAUGUCAUCCGCUCCCUGCUUUGUUUCCCUUUGGUGCUGAAAUCCAUCACUAGUGGAUCUCAAUGGACCUAUAGCAUGAGGAGCUGCCGGAUCAUGGCCUUUGGGGCAGUCCUGCUCUGCUUUCAUGCUGCAUUCAUGCUUUUGUCCAUCAGCCUGACCAGGUACAUGGCCAUAGCCCACCAUAGGUUUUAUUGCAAGAAGAUGACAGGCUGGGCUUGUGCCCUUCUCAUCUCCAUGGCUUGGAUCCUGUCCACAGCUAUGGCCUUACCUCCAGUAUUUGAGGUGGGCACCUACAAGUUCAUAAGAGAAGAGGACCAGUGCACAUUUGAGCAUCGUUAUGUUAAGGCUAAUGACAGCCUGGGCUUCUUGCUGAUGCUGGCCUUCAUAGUGGGGGCCACUCAUUUAAUCUAUAUGAAGCUACUGUUUUUUAUUUAUGACCAUCGCAAAAUGAAGCCAGCCCAGCUUACUCCAGCUAUUAGUCAAAAUUGGAGCUUCCAUGGUCCAGGGGCAGCUGGCCAGGCAGCUGCCAACUGGAUUGCAGGAUUUGGAAGGGGUCCUACACCCCCUACCCUAGUUGGAAUGAGGCAGACAACCCAAAAUCAAAUCAAGGGACUUUUGGUUUUGGAAGAAUUCAAGCAGGAGAAGAGGCUCUGCAAAAUGUUUUAUGUGAUUACAGUUCUGUUUUUGCUAUUCUGGGCUCCUUAUUUGGUGGCCUGCUAUUUGAGGGUGUUUUUGAAAGCAGCUUCACUGCCCCAACACUACCUGACAGUGGCAGUAUGGCUUACAUUUGCUCAGACAGGAGUAAACCCUAUUGUCUGUAUCCUGGUAAACAAAGAAGUGAGGCUAAUUUUGAGAGCCUAUCUUCCUUGUAUAGGCACCCAGACACAAAGAGAGCCUCAUAUAGACAUUUAAGGCAGGCCUGUAAAUGUAUAUUAUUUUGUUAUGGGGUAUGCAAACAAUAGUUAUCAUGACAUAAUGCAUUUUUUUUUUUUUUUACAAUUUCCAUGGGUGGUCAGACACAAACUACUUUCUUGUUGUAAUUAAAAUAAGUCUAGGAGUAAUUGGAGUUUCAGUCAAUCAAGGUUAGCAUAAUGAAUUAUUCAUUAUGUUUAAAGUGAAGUUUAAUUAAACAAAUGGAGAUACAUAUGGUGUGUCUAAGGUACAGUGUGUGACAUGUAACUGUCAGUACUGAGAUUUCUUGCACAAGCUAUGUUUUUUUUUAUUUUUGUCCUCAAAAUAAUAUAUAUAAAAAUAAUAAUGAUAAUGUAUU